AAUCAAUUCUACCCUCCAUCUUCAUCAUGUUUUCCCUGCAUUCGCUGGCGCGCACGGUGCUCUCCGCCGCCCGCCGCCCCCUGCAGCCGCACACGGUGUUCACGCGUGAGCGAAACAACCUCGCGCCGCGGAAAGUCAAACACGUCAAGCGGCACAAGGGCCGCGUGCCCAUCCCCAUCGGCGGGUCGAUCAAAGGCACGACGCUCGCGUACGGCGACUGGGGUCUGCGCAUUAAGGGAAAUGGCGCGCGUCUCACUGCCAAGCAGCUGGAGACUGUUGAGGAGGUCGUGAAGAAGAAGCUGAAGAUUAUCAAGGGCGUCAAGGUCUACCUGCGCAUCUUUCCGGAUAUCCCUGUCUGCAUCAAGGGAAAUGAAACCCGUAUGGGGAAAGGAAAGGGUACAUUCGAGUUCUGGGCUUCCCGAGUCUCCACCGGUCGCGUUGUUGUUGAAAUUGGCGGGACCCCCAUCCGAGAGGAGCUCGCACGCGAAGCUCUCCGCAUCGCCGCUGCGAAACUACCUACCAAAAUGGAGUUCAUCCGACGGAGCACACCUCCCCGACUAGGCACGCUCAUCCUCCGGCCGCCGCCCACACUGGCGCAAGCGCCCGUGCCUAUUAUUCCUGACGCCGUGCUCGCAUCCGAGACGACGGCCAAUCUGUAGUAGGAAUAGUAAUCGAACCUGUCCCGGUUUUCAUCGACGGCCACCGAAGAAUGUCCCCGGCGUCAUGCGUUGCUUUCGUACAAGGUCAACCUGUCGUUCCACGGCCUGAACUCCCAUCCAGUGCCGGAGCAGCGGAAUCGACCGCCGUCAACCUAUGCGAAGUCUGGCCCCACAAACAUACCAAACUGUGGACGUUUCAGCAUCUAGGAGUGUCAAUGAGAGGCGGCGCGACGGACAUGGCGAGCGCAAACGCAUGCGAUGUGGCUGGCAGAACAUUGAGUAGCG